UAAUAAUUUGUUAGACCCACUAUUUUUCAGGCUAAUAAAGAAGUCUAAAAGGUUCUUAAAUGAUAAAUAUGUCAUCUGAAGAAGAAAACGACGAAUUGACAGACUUGGAGGAAAUUCGAGACAAAAUUCUUAGUCAGUCACUUAACGAACGCAUGCAAGUGAGUGCCUGGGAGGAUGACGACGACGGUGUGGAAGCGGAACGUAAUGCACAAGAACCUGAUGCAAAAGCUAUGUUAAAUGCAGCAGAGGAAGGAGAUUUUAAAAAAAUUAAGGAACUACUGAGUAAAAAUCGACUUCUAUUGGAAGUUACAGACAAGGAUGGCUAUACUCCAUUACACAGAGCAUGUUAUGGCAAUCAUGUAAAGAUAGUAGAGUAUUUAUUGGAAGUAGGAGCAAGAUUAGAUGUUAAAACAUUGGAUGAAUGGCAACCUCUACAUUCUGCAUGUUGUUGGAACAAUACUGAAUGUGCAGAAGCCUUGAUUGCAAAUGGAGCAGAUGUAAAUGCUAAAAGUAAAGGAGAUCAGACGCCUUUGCAUUUGGUUUCUGCUACUUCUCAUAAUUCUCCAGCUCUUCAGCUCCUUUUAUUACAUCCUGACAUAAAUCCACAUAUAAUAAACACAAGUGGAGACACAGCAGAUAAAAUUGCAAGAAGGACAACAAAAUAUUAUCCAAUGUAUGAAAUAAUUGAGCCCUGUCUAAAUGAAAUUUGAAAUAAAUAUUUUUAUACUGUAUAUACAUAUAUAUAUAUAUAUAUAUAUAUAUAUAUAUAUAUAUA